UUUGAACUAACCGACUCGUGACAGGCACAACGAGUCAAACAAACUCCAGUGCUGUGUGACGUCACUCUGCACACAUGGCCGCGUGCACUCGCCUCGAGUUGAACAGAUGAAAUAGCUCAUUACGGGCAGUUUCGGCGGUCCUUAUUAAUUUAUUUUUAAUAUUUUGCAAAUGUCUAUUGUGUUUGCUAACAGCUGGGGCUGGCUGUUGGACACCUGCUCUCACAUUGAUGAGGGUUUGCAGUACUGUAUGUGUGCUUUGGAUGGGCAAGCAAAUACCCGAUUCUUCAAAUACAGUUUUAAGAGACACUAUUUUGAUAUAUCGAGACCCCAUAUUACAGCUAAACAAAACACAGAUGCCUUAUUCAGCGAUUGUCUGUUAGUCACGAAGAACUCCGCCAAUGGCGAACAUGCAAAGAUUGAUCUAAAGACACGAAAGAAACGAAAGCGAAAGCAGCGUGAUCUGAAUGCAGGAGAGUUAAAUGCCCAUGCAUAUCAUGAAAAGAUCCGGUCAGCGGUUUUGGAGGGUUCACAGUCUCUUGUUGAAGCCGGUUGUAAAUGUGGCUACUUGACGGGGGGUUUGACUGUAGUGCCCUCUGAACUCAUGCCAGUACAGGAGUGCCAGCUGGCAGCGUUAUGUGACAUGGCCAAACCGCUCCCAUUGACAGAUGAUUCUACAGCAGCUCCAGUACAGACACUGAACAGAGAUGAUCUGGACGCGCCGCUUGAUUUAUUCUCUUACAUCACCGAGAACCCAUACGACUGUGCUUAUGAGGUCACGUUAAUGAGGGAGAGAUAUCUGUUGCCCCCUCGCAGCCGUUUCCUGCUGUCUGACAUCACACGGAUACAGCCACUAGUCAACUGUGGAGACAAAUUUGACCUCAUAGUCCUUGAUCCACCCUGGGAGAAUAAAUCCGUCAAAAGAAGCAACAGAUACGGUUCCCUGCCGUCCUCUCAGCUCAAGCAGCUUCCUGUGCGCUCAUUGGCUGCCCCAGGAUGUGUGGUGGUUACCUGGGUAACGAACCGUGCACAGCACCUGCGUUUCGUCAGAGAAGAGCUCUACCCGCAUUGGGGAGUGGAAGGGCUGGCGGAGUGGCUCUGGGUCAAGGUGACCCGCUCAGGAGAGUUUGUGUUUCCUCUGGACUCUCAACACAAGAAGCCGUAUGAAGUGCUGGUGUUAGGCAGGUAUCCAUACAGCGCUGACCACACAGUCAGGUCUUCAACAGAGCUUCCAGAACAACGGCUUCUAAUCAGUGUCCCCUCCAUACUGCACUCUCAUAAGCCUUCAUUAUCAGCUGUGCUGAAGCCGUACGUUAAUCACCAACCCAAGUGUUUAGAGCUGUUCGCCCGAAGUCUCCGUUGUGAUUGGACGAGCUGGGGAAAUGAGGUCAUCAAGUUCCAACACAGCAGCUAUUUUACCAAAGAGACCAUUGAAGAGCCAUCGGACACCGGACACGCUCAGUAGACGAAUCAUUGAAGUUCACGUGUUAAUGAAAUCUGUUUUAAUCUGUUUUAAUUGACGUGUCAUAGAUAAAAGAGACUGAGAUUGGAACAUUUGAUCGUUUAAUAGGGAGCAUAAGGCCACGUAACAGGGUCUUUGUCUGGUUGUGCCUGUUAUACAUAAUCCAGACAUAUUAUGUUAUGAGUUUGGGAUCCGAAUCUGUUUACAAACUUCCCAAAAGGAUUCGAUUAUGUUUUUAUUUUAUACGGAUCAGCUUGAUUAAAUAUGUGCUUGUAGUUGAGUGUUUUUAUCUGGAUACUGUAUUUUAAUGUCAUUUGUAAAAGAAAGUGAUACGUUUAUAUAAAUUCAUUUUAUGGCAUAAUAUGUCCGUCUUUUGUCCUAUUUUGCACCUGCAAUUUGGGAAUCAAAUGUUUGACUGCUGUUGUGCUGUUUGGCAUAUCAAAGUGUAAAAUGUGAGUGUUAAAAUUGGCAAUAAAU